AUGUCGGCGUCAUUGGCACCAGAAUGCAAUGACGCAAAGGAACGCUAUGAUUCUUGCUUUCUGAAGUGGUACAGCGAGAAGUACCUAAGGGGCAAAGGCACUACAGAUGAAUGUGCUGGUCUAUUCAAGGAGUACAAGCAAUGUUUGACUACUGCAUUGAAAGACCGAGGCAUAGACAAGAUGCUAGAAGAGGCCCGAGAGGAUCACAAAGAGAACGAUACACUGAACAUGCGGAGGAAAUGA